GCUGGCGGCAGCACCCGAACACAGAUGGGUGCAGCUGAUGCCUGCAUUGAGCUCAGAUCCAUGACUUGUCUCUUUGGGAGACCUUUCAGUAUUGAUCUCAAACACUCAGUGCUUGGGAGCCCUGUGCCGCUAUUUCCAAGGUGCUCUGCAGGUUAAUGGAGAUGCUUGAAAUGGACUUUGAGCCAGAAGGCAUUCAUCAGGCAGUGCAUCUGCUCUGUCUGGGUACAAGCUCUGGGGAUGAGGGGCCAUUUCACUUAAAUUGUGGUCACAUCCAGCUGUACUCAGCUCUUAGAGGCCCAGGUGCUGCUGAUGGAUCUGCAUGUGAGCAGCACUGGUCCAAGCUCCCAGCCCCAGGCAGCACAGGACUGGGUCCUAAGGGGGUGGUGGUGGGGUUAGGUUUUGGAAGAAGCCUCAUCCUUCUUUGCUUACAUAUGAUGCUACUGGUAGUUGGCUCUCCAAGAACGUUUGCUUUGCUUCCUGGCCCCUGGUACACGGCUGCAUGGCUGUCGAGGGCUGGGAAUCUGCAACUCCAAGCAGCAUCUGAGCUCCGCUGUGAGUGCCUUGGGGGAUGUCUUCUAAAAACGUGCAGUAGUUCACCUACUCAUCAAGAAACCUGUUCUAAAUGCCGGUGUGCUCAUGUUCCUGUCCCGUCCCAAACCUGCAAUUCCUGGGACGGUUCCUAGAAAAAUUUGUUACUCCUAAUUUUCCCAAGCUUUUAGACCCUUACACAACUGUGAUGCAGCAAUGGUUUAGGAAGCUCUAGGAGCACAGAUCCAGCACCUGUGAGGGCUUUUAACUGAGCCUAGAUCGCUUUGCUUCUCUCACACUACACUUGUGGCACAUGUAAGCUGCUUUGAACCAUGUCUGUGGAGAAUGAUGGCACCAACAGUUUUUUUUGUUUUUUUUACAAGGCUUGUUUCCACUAAAAGGUGAUGGGGAGGUUGAAACCUUCUUGGCCAGGUUUUAGGUUUUCUGUAAUGCCCUCACAGGCUUCUAUACCUGAAUUUCUUCCAAGCUUUGCAGCUUGCAUGCCCUGAACACCCAGAAAUGUCUGUCUGCCGAGUGGCACUUGGUCUGUGUCUUGUUUCCUGGACUUGGGAAGGGACAGAUACGCUCAUCUGCAAAUGUCUGUUAUCUGGGUCCUUUUGGAGGCUGAAUCCUUGACACCUGAUUUGGAUCCAGGAUGACAAAGUACUCUCAUAAGUGCUUAUGACAGCACUGCAGGUGGGUGCUGCAUGCUAGGAGUGAACCAUCACCGGGGCUGAGGGGGAUGAAUCCAGUAGCUGCCCUUCUCCAGCCUUUGGGCAGAACUCCCUGGUCCCUCUGGUAGUCCUGUGGGCUUGCCCUUAGAUAACCCUCCACCUUGCUCCCAGGCCACCUCCCUGGAUUCUCCAGCCCGACGAUUGCUGUGAAUCGCACGUUCAUGUGAGCAGCUGUGCUUGCAGCGGCUGGCACACAGCAAUGGGCCCCUGUGAUGACCGGUGGUCCUGCUCCAGCUGCAUAACGUGCACUCAGAACAGAGCCCCUUGCCCAGGAAAACAGAAACAGAGUUUAAUCAGAAGACAGGAGACUGGCAGGGCACGGCCAGGCCAGCGUGCUGACCAGCAGCUUCUAACAUGCAACCAGUCCUUUGCAUCCUUUUAUCCCUCUGUUUUCCAAUGUUUGUUCCUUCUCAGAUCACCUAGAUCCCUCCUUUUCCACACUUUUUCUUCCUCCCCUAAAUAUCCCAUCCCCCAAACGUCCUGUGCAAUCCCAAAAUGGUCUUCUCCUGCAUCCCAUAAUGAUUCCUAUACCCCUAGGCAGUGAGCCCCCCCACCCAGCCUGAAGGUGCUUCAGAGAGCUGUUCCUCUCAGCUCAUUAUGGUGGGUUUCACACAUGGAACAAGGGGCUGAGGCUGUCCUGGGAGGGCCUGGGCAGGGCCCCCCCCCUUCUGACUCCGUAAUAGGGGUUCCCCACCUGCCUUUGGGCUUCUGUGCCCCCCUGGGCUUGGGGAGGUGGGUUCCCGAUGGGCUGGUGCCUCCUGCAGUGGACUGGGAGCAGCAGGGGGGAGUUACUCCUGUUUCCCUGCCUGACAUCCACUCUCUGCCUUUGAAUAGGAGCUUUUUGCUGCUCCUGGGGAUUGGGUGGGUCCAGAGUGAGGGGGAAGCUUUCCCUGUCUCGUGUAAAACUUGUGUUAUGCUGCACUUAGGGUCUCUUCGACUCUUCCCUGGGGGGACCGUGGCAGUGCUUUACAAAGUGCUUAAUGGGCUCUGCCAUUAAGGCCCUCCUGAACCCAACUGUGCUUGUUCCCGGUCGCAGCUGAAAGGUCCAAGGUAGCUCCUGAGGCUUUCUGUGCCUCUGAGGCGGGGACAAGCACCCCAGAGAGCGUGGGGACAGGCGGGAAGGACUGGCCCUCGGAGAUGCCUCUCUCCUCGCUGGCUGGAGGCUGCCCGGGUGCUGGACAUGGCAGAUGUCUUCCGUAAGCGUUUGGGAUGGGCUGGGAGAGACAGGAGCAGCAGCGCAGGACUGCGGGUGAGUGAUGGCACGGCCUCAGGUGGCUGUGCAGUGCAGUAACAGCGGCUUCUCUGUCUCUCUCAGAGCCCCUCUGUUCUCGAUGCGAUGUGCACAGAAGAUGCAGACUGUCCCAUGGGAAACCCAGUGGUUCAUGGCAACGGGAUAAAAACUGGGAAAUGCGUCAUGUUCAACGCCACCCAUUCCACCUGUGAGAUCUAUGGCUGGUGUCCUGUGGAGAACAACACCCUGCCCAGGAAACCCCUUCUGGCUGAGGCGGAGAAUUUCACUCUUUUUAUAAAAAAUACUGUCCACUUCACCAAAUUUAACUUCUCCAAGUGCAAUACUUUGCAAACCAAUGACCCCACCUAUUUCAAGAGCUGCACAUAUGAUCCAUUCUUCAACCCCUUCUGCCCUGUCUUCCGUGUCCGUGACAUGGUGGAGGCAGCUGGAGAGACCUUUGGAGACCUCGCACUGCUGGGGGGGAGCAUCGGAGUUCGCAUUGAGUGGGACUGCGACCUGGAUCACCCCGCUGCCCGGUGCCGGCCACAGUACUCCUUCAGCCUGCAGGACAGGAGGUACAAUUUCAGAACUGCCUCCUACUACUGGGAUUCCCAGCAGCUGCUCUACAGGAAUCUGCUGAAGCUCUACGGCAUCCGCUUUGACAUCUCUGUGCACGGCCAGGCUGGGAAGUUCAGCAUAAUUCCUACUGCCGUGAGCUUUGGCACCAGCAUCGCGUUCUUUGGUGCUGUGAGUACUCCAGACAUGCUCUUUUCCUCGGAUCCAUGGGUUGGGAUUUGCCCCUCCUCUGUUGUUUCCCCUGCCUGCCGGGGUGCAUGGCUUCCUGGGCGCCUGCUGUCCUGGGAGGGGAGAUCGGCAGGGUGCUAGCUCCCCUUUUCCUGUUUGUGAUCAUUAGCAGCAAUGACACUGCUGGAUCGGGGGUCCCGAGCAGUGUCAGGGGCAUGUCUCAUGAGGGCUGGGUGUUUGUGUUGGCCCUGGGAAGGUGCAUUGCUGAGGCAUUGCUGGCUGGUCUGCCCCAGCUGCCUUGGCCAGCAGGAGAGCACCUCCUCUCUCUGUUUCUCCUCUGACUCUAAAGGGACUCAGUGUCCAGCUCCAGCACGGGCGUGGUGCUGCGGCCAUCAAGGUGGGGCAGCCCCUUGCAGGGCACUUCUGUGGCUCUUCCCUUUCAGCAGGGUAACGGGGAUCCUGGGCUUCCCCACCUGCCCCCUCUUUCCUCCCAGACAUGCUCAUCCCAGUCCCUUAGGUGGCUGUGACGGCAGCUUUCUGCUGGCCCAGCCCUCAUCCAGCAUCCCUGCAUUGCAGCCCAGAUGAUCGUGCCUAACCUGGGAGCUGGUUGAGCCAGAGGGGACCUGCUGGAGCCACUGGGCUGGCUGGGCUGGAGGCAGGUCGGGC